AAUAAAGUUUGUCCAAAACCGGAAGUGUGUCGUCACACAAUGGCGGCGUCCAUGUGGCUGUAGAAUCAACGUGAUUUUGCUCAUGUUUUCAGGUCUGUAACAUAAAGACAGAUCAUCCAAAAAUCCGUUUAGAAAUCGGUGGAAGGCGCAAUAAGAGUGAACCUGCUUUAGCUGAGAACCAGUGUUCAUAUCUGACAUGGCUGCAUUUAAACCCACCAAAGUUCAGAUCCUUCCCAAACUAGGAGAGAAAGUAACGGAGGAUAAGCUCUACUGGAAGAAUUACAAGUCUCCCGUGCAAAUUAAAGAGUUUGGUGCUAUAACAAAGAUCGACUUCUCUCCUCUCUCGCCUCACAAUUAUGCCGUCACAGCCUCCACCAGAGUUCACAUAUAUGGACCCCACUCUCAUGAGCCCAUGCGGAGCUUCACACGCUUUCGGGAUACAGCAUAUGGAGGCACCUUCAGAGACGACGGCAAGCUUUUGGUGGCAGGAAGUGAAGAGGGAAUCAUCCGGCUGUUUGACAUCGGCGGUCGAGUAGCUCUUAGACAGUUCACAGGACACUCCAAGGCUGUACACGUGACCUCGUUCCUGUCGGACGGCUUUCGUGUGGUGUCUGGGUCUGAUGACCUGUCGUGCAGAGUGUGGGACGUUGCCAGAUCUGUUGAACUCAGCUCAUUAACUGAACACACAGACUACGUCAGAGCUCUCGCCCCCAGCAAACUCAACCCAGAUCUGUUUGUCACGGGGUCGUAUGAUCACACAGUGAAAGUGUUUGACAUGCGCUCGGGGAGCAGUGUGAUUACCAUGCAGCACGGUCAGCCUGUGGAGUGUGUGCUGCUGUACCCUUCAGAAGCCCUGCUGGUGUCCACAGGAGGGCGCUACGUGAAAGUGUGGGACCUGCUGAAAGGUGGACAGGAGCUUGUUUCUCUUAGGAAUCAUCACAAAACGGUUACGUGUGCAUGUCUGAGUUCCGUAGGCAAGAAGCUGCUCACAGGAUCACUGGACAGGCACAUCAAAGUGUAUAACUCCUCUUAUAAGAUUGUACAUAAUUUCGACUGUGAUGCAUCCAUCCUCAGUAUGGCUAUUGCGCCUGAUGAUGAAGUACUUGCUGUGGGGAUGACCAAUGGUGUGUUAAGUGUCAGGCACAGGAAACAAAUGAAUCAAAAAGACAGAGAGACAUUUAGUCGAAGGCGACGGGGCCCGUCAUACCGGGUCUUUGUGAAGGGGAAGAACUUUGUGCCCAGACAGGAUGAUUUCUUGGUCAGUAAACCCGUAAAGCAGUAUCUACAGAUGUAUGACAAACAGCUGAAAAGCUUCGAGGUGUCUAAAGCGCUGGACACAGCCCUGCAGACAUGGAGACAAACCAAUAAACCCGAUGUGACCAUGGCAGUCAUCAUAGAGCUUAACCGCAGAGGAACUCUGAAAAACGCUCUGGCGGGACGAAAUGAACAGAGCUUAACCAAGAUUCUCAAUUUCCUCCUUAAGCACAUCUUUGACCCACGCUUCUCUCGGACACUGCUCAUGGUCGGGGAUAUUGUGCUGGAUAUGUAUCAGCAGGUUAUACACGAGUCUCCUGUGGUCGAGCGGCUCCUGCAGCGUCUUAUGGAGGUGUUGGGUCGGGAAGCAGAACUUCAGCAGGAGCUUAUGCAGGUUUUAGGAAUCCUGGACACACUUUUCGCAUCCAUGACCCCCAGAAAAGAGAUCCCAGCCCUUGCUCCCCCACCAGCAGCGCAGGAGUCACAGCUACAAGCCGCCUGACAUUCAUUGCUAAAUUCUCUCGUGACGCAAACGAAACAUGCUGGACUUCGGCAGAGGAGUAAUGAAAAAUGAAAGGGAGAAAACGGAAGGAAACAAACAUGAGAGGGAAACAUGCUGAGGGAAUGACGUUGCUCAAUGCCCCUGAAUAAUCACCGUGCCAGUGUGUCAUCUGUUUCUGCUGACGUUGGCAGAAUUCGAAACUGUAUAUUCUUAUUAUAAAAUCUUCAGAUCUA